CCGAUCGCUCCACUGUCCACCGAUCGCUCGCCCUUGGCACCCGAACAGCGUCGGCAACACAUUCCCCAAAAUUACAGGCCCGUCCCCCCUCCAAUAAUCAACACUCCAAGCUCCCAAAUUCUCAAUCUCCCAACCAGGACUGCCCACCAUGACUUCCCCCACCUCGAGCGUGGCCCCCCUGAACGAUGAUCUAUAUCACCUUUGGCUGCCGCUGUGGCAGAUGCGGAUGGAAAACCAGCUCCGGGUUAUUGGAAUCAUUGACGCGGCCUCAUCCAACGACCAUUCAAGAUACCUCAUCACCACGGUCCAGGAAGUCGCGUCCUCAUUUUCGGCGGCCUACGAAACCGCCCGUCGGGGCGAGCAUCCCAGCUACGAAGCCGCCAUGAUUUCCUUUCGCCGGUUCAUCAUGGCGUCGUCGCUCAUUUUGAAUUACCUCCGAUCGCCGUCGAUACAGCAGCACGACCAAGUCUUGGCCGAGCGGCACCGCAGCCUCUUUCUCGAGGAGAUCCAUUUCCUGCUGCGAAAGUGCAAAAAGAGCUUCAGCGAGCUCUUCUGGCAUAUCAUCCAGGCCAACUACGGCAGCUGGCUCGCCAUGUUCCUGGGCCAGCCCAAGGACGAGCUCGAGUUCAAGUUAGUGUCGUGGUGGUUCAAUGUGACGAUGUUUGAUGUCCGAUUCCAUCAGCGCAAGCUGUUGAUGGAGCUCUGGGAACGGGCUCUGAAGAACAACCAGGGCUCGCAGCCGUUGACGGGCCACCCAACAAACCCUCCGCUCGACCCCAUCCCCCAUCAAAGUGCCUCUCAAGGCAGCAGCCCGAAAACGAACCAGCUGCUCCGAGUCCCUCCUCAGUCAACCAUCCAACGGAGCCCAAUCUUGCCCGACGGCCAUUGCCAAUUCAGCGCCCUAGCCGAUCAGCUCCAUCGUUCGGGCAUCGCACCGACCGCUACCCAUGUCGAUGUCCGUCGCCUGGUGGCAUCGUGGCUCCGAUCUCACCCAAAUUUUGUCCUCGCCAACGGAAGCAAAAUCUGCGAAUAUGCCCUGAUGAAGGGAGACUGCACGGACUGGGAAGGCUACUGCAACGCCAUCAAUCGCCUGGAGUCCCCCGAGUGGGGCGACCACCUCACGCUUCAGGCUGCUGCCGAGGUUUUUGACUGUCUGAUUUGCGUUGUGAACGAGCAAGGUAUCCUCUGGACGAUCAUGCCAACGCACUCGAAUAAGGCCCCAGGCGACUUCCCCCAGAACCAGACGCUCUAUCUGCUCCACUAUGUCGAGUAUCACUACGAGUCGCUCGAGCCCUUUGCGAUUCCCCAGGUCUGAGUCUCGGGAGGACAGGAUGUCAAACUGGCCAACAGGUUCAGCUAUCGUUGUCUCAUGCCAUAUCCAACCGGACUCUCUCGCGGGUGCGUCCCUGUCCCUAUGACCCAAUAGCGAAAGUAGUCUAUACACUCCUCCCAAACGUAAACACGACACCACAGAUAUCAUG